AAUCAAUGAACAGAACAAAACCACUUCCUAUUUCCUUUAAAACCUUCUACUCCAAUUCACCAUGCAAAUUGCAAUGUUACCCAGUCUGCAAGAUAAAGAAAGACCAUAAAAAAAAACCAGACAAAACUGAAGUGAUUCACUUGUCAACGGGCCCUAUCCUGUUUCUUUUUUUUUUUUCUGACCGAAGAGUAAAGUGGUUCGAUAACUUUGAUUGGUCGAGUUAGUUAGGUCCCGCCCUUUUCUUAGACUCCACUUUCAAAGGGUUUUGAAUCACCAGCGCCUCUAUAAAUGAAGGGUCUUCCCAUUUGCUGCUUCAUUAGUCGACAACAUAAGCAUCCCUCCAAGAGAUCCGAAGAAACCAUGGAGAACCCACAAUUGAUGUCUAACAGUGGCUGCUCUGAGAAUUUGAACCAAGCUGCUAAUAUAAUAGUGAAUCAUGAUUUUUCCAAUGGACUGCACUCUUGGCAUACAAAUUGUUGCAACGGCUUUGUUGUUUCGGCCGAGUGUGGUGGCCGAGGCAAACCGUUGUCGUCAUCGAGGUCCAGUGGUAAUUACGCAGUUGUCACGAAUCGAACCAAAUGUUGGCAGGGUUUGGAACAAGAUAUCACGAGCAGAGUUUUGCCGGGUUCUACGUACUCGGUUUCUGCUUGUGUUGGAGUGUCGGGACCACUUUCAGGGUCUACUGAUGUGUUGGCGACUUUGAAGCUUGAAAACCAUGGCUCGGCUACUAGCUAUAUGUUAAUUGGAAAAACCUCUAUGUCAAAGGAGAAGUGGGAAAUUGUUGAAGGUACAUUCUUGUUAUUGGCCGUGCCUGAACGGCUUGUAUUUUAUCUGGAAGGGCCUUCUCCCGGUGUUGACUUGCUUAUCGAUUCAGUGGUUAUUAGCUGUCCUAGUUCAAGCGAAUCCGAGAGUGCAAGCAUAGGAGCUGGAGACGAUAACAUCAUCAUAAACCCGAAAUUCGAAGAUGGCCUCAAUAACUGGUCUGGAAGAGGCUGCAAGGUUGCUUUACAUGAUUCUAUGGCAGAUGGGAAGAUAGUUCCGCAAUCCGGGAAAGCUUUUGCUUCUGCAACUGAGCGUACGCAGAACUGGAAUGGAAUCCAGCAGGAGAUCACUGGAAGAGUGCAACGAAAGCUUGCUUAUAGUGUGGCAGCUGUAGUACGGAUAUUUGGUAACAAUGUCACUGCCGCUACUGUACAAGCCACAUUAUGGGUCCAAACACCAGGUCGCAAUGAUCAGUACGUCGGAAUUGCCAAUGUGCAGGCAACCGACAAGGAUUGGGUGCAAUUGCAAGGAAAGUUCCUUCUAAAUGGUUCCCCAUCGAAAGUAGUCAUCUAUUUAGAAGGUCCACCUCCCGGUACCGACCUUCUCGUCAAUUCCUUAGUUGUAAAGCAUGCUGAGAAAACCCCUCCUUCACCUGCACCAGUUAUCGAGAAUCCUGAUUUCGGAGUUAAUAUAAUUACCAAUAGCCAACUGGAUGACAGUACGAAUGGAUGGUUUCCUCUUGGCAACUGCAAUUUGAGUGUCGGGUCAGGCUCGCCACAUAUACUCCCUCCAAUGGCCAGAGCUUCCCUUGGCGUUCAUGAACCUUUAAGUGGCCGUUAUAUCCAUGUGAAAAACCGCACGCAAACUUGGAUGGGCCCAGCUCAGAUGAUCACCGAUAAGGUGAAACUUUUCUUGACAUACCAAGUAUCAGCUUGGGUUCGAAUUGGUUCCGGAGCAAAUGGUCCUCAAAACGUAAACGUUGCUCUCGGUGUGGACAACCAGUGGGUUAAUGGUGGACAAGUUGAGAUUAACGAUGAUAGAUGGCACGAAAUUGGUGGUUCCUUUAGAAUCGAGAAGCAACCAUCCAAGGUUAUGGUUUAUAUCCAAGGUCCAGGUGCAGGUGUCGAUUUAAUGGUCGCUGGAGUUCAGAUUUUCCCGGUUAAUCGAGAAGCAAGGUUCAAAUAUCUGAGGCAUCAAGCUGAUAAGAUCCGAAAGCGUGACAUUGUCCUCAAAUUCUCGGGAGCUGGUUCUAGCAGUUUGUCGGGGACCAAUGUGAAAGUCGUGCAAACGCAAAACAGUUUUCCUAUUGGGUCAUGCAUGAGCAGAACGAAUAUAGACAACGAAGAUUUCAUUAAUUUCUUUGUGAAAAACUUCAACUGGGCAGUGUUCGGGAAUGAAUUGAAGUGGUAUUGGACCGAACCGCAACAAGGAAACUUAAACUACAAAGAUGCCGAUGAUAUGGUAGCUUUGUGCCAAAAACACAACAUAGAAACCCGAGGUCAUUGUAUUUUCUGGGAAGUACAAGCCACGGUCCAACAAUGGAUUCAAGCAUUGAACAAAGACGACUUAAUGAAAGCUGUUCAAAACCGUUUAACCGACCUUCUCACCCGUUACAAAGGUAAGUUCAAACACUACGAUGUGAACAAUGAGAUGUUGCACGGAUCGUAUUAUCAAGACAGAUUAGGCAAAGAUAUCCGAGCAAACAUGUUUAAGACUGCAAAUCAGCUUGAUCCAUCUGCCACAUUAUUCGUGAAUGAUUAUCACAUUGAAGACGGAUGCGACACUAGAUCAUGCCCCGAAAGGUAUAUUGAACACAUUCUUGAUUUGCAAGAACAAGGUGCACCCGUUGGAGGAAUCGGAAUUCAAGGACAUAUAGAUAACCCUGUAGGACCAGUUGUGUGUACUGCUCUUGAUAAGUUAGGCAUUCUCGGCCUUCCUAUCUGGUUUACGGAGCUCGAUGUGUCUUCAAUCAACGAACACGUGAGAGGGGAAGAUUUAGAAGUUAUGCUUAGAGAAGCUUUCGCACAUCCGGCUGUGGAGGGUGUAAUGCUGUGGGGAUUUUGGGAACUGUUCAUGAGCCGGGAUAAUGCACACUUGGUGAAUGCCGAAGGCGAUGUUAAUGAAACUGGUAAAAGGUUUCUUGCUCUUAAACACGAGUGGUUGUCUCAUGCUCGUGGACAAGUAGAUGUACAAGGACAAUUCAAUUUCCGAGGCUUUCAUGGGAAGUACGCCGUGGAAAUCGAUACUCCCUCUAAGAAGAUCGUGAAAACUUUCGUCGUCGACAAGGGUGAUACCCCACUGGUUGUUCCCGUUGAAUUAUGAAUUCCCUACAAACCUAACAAAGGAGGUAAUGAGAUCUCUCCUCAUGGAUCAUCCAUUAUUUCCAUAAAACCAUACAUACAUACACACACGCGUAUAUGCGUACAUACAUGUAUAUAUACACACACAUCAUACAAAUGCUUGUGAUUAUCAAAUGCAUGGGUUGUUUGUUUGCAAAAGUUUGAUUGUUUCCAUUGUAACAUAAAAAGGUGAAGAAAUAAAAGCAUGUUUCUUUUUUCAGUUAUUUAA